CCGUAAAGCAGGGUCGCGUUUUCUUCACUUCCGGUUUCCCUCGUACCCAGAAGAUUAAAUAAAAUCGUGACAUAGCCGCGAUACGUUUCGAUCUUUUGCUCUCGUGAGUAUCCAGUGAACCGGAAGUGACACACGAACCAGUGAAAACGAACGGGAAAAAGUUGACGAUCUCUCUGCAUUUGUUUCGUGGAUUUUUAACAGAUUCGAGAGGAAGGAACCACCCUAAAGCGUCCGAUGCAGAGGUUAAAAAGAAAAUCCUGAUCGAGCCGGCACGCGUUCGGCGGGGCGGACGUUAGGGUGUCGGGUGCUCUUGAACAUCCCCUUAAGGAGGUUCAAGAUUGGCGGGCUUUAAGGAGCGGGUGUUUCAAGGGACCCGGCAAAUGUGGCUCUGUGCACGGUGAGCCGGGGUUACGGGGGCCGCGGGGCCCGUGGCGGCGGGGGUAGAUCUCGUGGCGAAGCAAGCGUGAGGCUACCCUUGAGUCCUCGCACUCUGUGCGCCCCUGGGGCCGGAGCUGGCGCACAUGUGCACCCACCGGGCGUUGGUCCAGGCGCGGCACCCACCGCGCCGACCGGAAACAACCCUGCAGGACCUGGCACCGACGAGGGAUCCGGCCUUCCUGACGAGCCAAUGGUACACGUCGAGAGGGCCGUGCAACAGGGUACAUGGAUAUGCUGCGUGCCGUGUUACUGGCUACGAAGAAGCAAAGCCGUGCACAAGGCGUUGCUCACGUUCGCCAUGCUACUCGUCACGAGUCUGCUCGUCACCAGUCCUGUACUAUUCCUUAUCACGACUCUGCCAGAGGGGGAGCAACCGCGCGAAUGCGCGCCUCUGGACGAAGCAUGUAUCAGAGAGAGGGACGGUCCAGAGGGUGUCUGCGAUUCGAAAGCCUGCGAGGAAGCAUCGAAACGAAUGGUGGCGUUCAUGAAGAAGGGGGUUAAUCCUUGCAAGGAUUUUUAUCAGUUCGCGUGUGGCGGUAUCCGCGACCAACAACCGUAUCAGCCCAGUUCGAGCUUCAACAUGCUUCAAGCAAGGGUCGACGACAACCUCCACAAAUUGCUGGCGAACAAAACGGGUCAAAUGGCUGGCGAAUUCGAGAAGCUGGGUCAGUUUUAUAGCGACUGUUUGGCGUUCAAGGAGAAACCGGUGAAUUUUACACCCGUUUACGAGCUUUUACACGAACUCGGUGGUUAUCUACCCCCGAGGAGCAUCGCGCCAGCCGACAUCACCCCCCUAGUUUCCAGGUUGCUACGAGUGAAUGGGGCACCUCUGUUCGACUUCUACGUCGAUGUGGAUCUUUACGAUCGUUCCAGAUCCUCUGUAUUCCUCGAUCUGCCUACGAAACAUCAGGAAAACGCUUUCUUCGUGGAAAAUCCGGAGGAGAGGUUACAAUGGGCCAAGGCGUACUCCGCGAUGGAGAAGCAGCAGAAGAAAAUGGUCCACGAGGAAAGUCGAGCUUACACCAUGAUCAAGAAUAAAAUGCAGGAGCAGAGAUCGCGAAGGAUUCAGAAAAUCGUCGAUGGUUUCCUGCCGAGGACGAUGGAUCCGAAGGACCGGACGUCGGAGAUCGAUCUAUUGUUACAAUUCUGUCUAUCCCUCAGCAAGAUCUACCCGAAGCACAAGGACCUGUAUAACUGGGUGGACGUCGAUCAGAGGGUGUACGUUCCUUUCAACAUGUCCUAUCUACAGGAGAGCUUCGGUUAUAUAAGGUGGGGGACGCUGCUGAACGCCACCAUGGGCGCAACCACUGCCGAUCUUUACAAUCACAGCCGCAAUCGGGAUCGAUCCUCUUUCGAUGAUCAAUUGAUCUACGUUUACGUAACCGCUCCUCGUUACUUUCGCAGCCUCGGUAAACUGCUGAAUCGUUUCUCCAGAAGGAUUAUUCACAACGGAUUGUUGCUACUGUACGCGGUGGACACGCUCCAUGACAUCGUGAACGUGACCGCCAGCAAGGAUUGGGAACUUUCGUGCUUCAAAUUGACGAAGGACGUGUUCAGUGAAAUCGUUGGUGCUCUAUACGUUCGUCAAUACACCCCUCAAUAUUUAGAGACUCUAGCCAAUAGGGUGGGAGGGCUGUUCGAACGAGUGAAGGAAACGGUAGCCGAGCGUGUCCUGGUGAAAUCCUGGCUAGACGAGGAGACGAGGACACAGGCGUUGUUGAAGCUGAACUCAUUGCGGGGAAGAUUUCACGUUUGGCCUGGUUUUUACAACGAGACCCUGUUGGCCCGUGAAAUGGCCGAGGUGGAGAUCGAUCCGGAGGAUUUCUUCCGCAGCGUGUUGAUGAGGUUCCGACAGAUUCGCACGGUGGAUGACAAGGUUCUACGGAGGAACGUGACGGAAAAGCGUCGACAUCCCUACAGCGUGAAUGCUUAUUACGAAUCUUCUACGAACACAAUCGGCAUUCCAUUAGCGAUGAUGGUGGCAUGGGCAUGGUCCUGGGACAGUGGCCCAGCCUACGCAGCACACGCGACACUCGGAUCAGUGAUCGGCCACGAGAUUCUACACGCUUUCGAUCUUCAUCGACGUCGACUGCCACUAGAUCCCGAUUUGAACGUCGAUCAAUGGCUCUGGAUCACGCCAGAAUCUUGGAAGAGACUGGAAGCGAGGAUCGAGUGUGUCGCGAGGCUAUACGCGAGGAGUUUCUGGAGGAAGGUUCAAUUUUAUGGAAACGACGUUGCUGUACAGUUCGAUUGGAACGUAACGAGGAACGAGAACGUCGCUGACAUCGGAGCCUUGCAAAUUUCUUAUAAAACCUGGCACGCUCUGACGAACGGGAAGGAUCGGACUCUUCCUGGAUUCGAAGGACUUCGACCGAGUCAGCUUUUUUUUAUAAGCGCCGCCCAGACAUACUGUUCUAAUAUGACUGCCGAGGCCUACAUUCUCUCCGUUGAACUCGAUUAUCACACGCCUCAGCCUGAAAGGGUCAACGGGAUUAUGAUGAAUUCCCAGGCGUUCGCGGACGCGUUCCGUUGCCCGAUCGGAACGAAAAUGAACCCCCCGAACAAGUGCACCACUUGGUGAUGAUCGGUUCACCGAAAACGUCAGACUUCAUUCGCAUCAAUAUUCUCGAUCCCUGGGAUUCGACUCGGAAAACGGCGUGUUGCAGUUAGUGACGGCCCGAGCGACAAGGGUUGCUUAGUUUUGUCAACGAUUUUCGAGCGAUCCUGCGUCGGAGAAAAUCGAUUCAACUACCAUCCUCUAAGAUUCUGUUAGAACCGGGAGGGGAAAGAUCGUCGAAUCGAUAUUCGAUCGUCGAUUACGAAGGAUCGAUCGAUAGAUAAGCUUUUUCAGAGUCUACGAUAACGAGUGAAUUCGUUCGAAUUCGUUAACGUUAAUAUCUCUCCCUACGACGCCUUUUAGAGGUCCUUAGAAUACUUAUCAUAGUGAAAGCAAUAAAAUUAUACGAGAGAACAGACGAGUGAGUGAUACAAGCAAAAGAAAAUUAAAAAAAAAAAAGAAAAUAAGAAAAAAAACGUACACGUACAUGUAAGCAGAUUAUAAUGCGCUUCGAUCGUUCAGUUUGCAAAGGAAUCGGUAGAUAUCAGUAAGCUUGAUGAGGGAAUUAGCGAUCGACGUUGUUUCUUUAGCGGAACGAGCAUUACUGAUAGACAGAGAUGAUUGUAUCGUGCUCGAGCACCGAAUAAAUCGAGAUUAGAAUCGAACGAAUUGGUUCUUCGAUAGGAAGAAGAUUCGAAACAAUCAACUUCAAUCUUAGGACAAAGAGUUUGCGUAUUUUUCUUGGAUACUCGACGAUUUCUAGCCUUUUGCACUAUAAACUCACCGCUUCGAAGACACUAUUUUUACUAUUUUAAUCUUUCUCUAUUGUAAUUGAACGAUAUAACAUAAUAAAAUUGACAUUUUCAUCAAAUAUAAAAGCCAAUUGUGACAAUAUUGAAAAUAAUAACAGGAUGAAUUUGAAUAUUAAUUUCACUGAAGUUCAUCUUUAAAUAUUAACAACUUCAAAUAACCGCAAGCAAUAAUAUUACAUAUUUGUAUUUUAUAUCGAAAGAUAUAAAAUAAUUACAGUGCAAAGAGCUAGAGUUUCUCCAACAACGAAUGAUUGAAGCUGGUUCAAAGAUUCGUCAUUUGAAAUUGUUCGUAAAGACGGUUAAUUAAAUCUUUCUCGGGUUGACAAAACGCGAUUUGUAAGCACUCACGAAGCGAAUCGUUUAGUUUCUCGCGCACCGAUUGUCUUCGCUCUUAUUAGUCUGUAAAGAUUGUAAAGAUUGUAAAUAACGGGUUCCCGCCCUUCUCUCUCUUCACCCUAACUUUCUUCAGUUUAGUUUAGUUAACUGAAAAAAAGUACUGUGGGAUCGAAACCGUCACAACAUUAUUCCUUUUUGUCAUUGAUGAUCAGAAUUUCGAAUAACAAAUUAAAAAAUGAAAUUGAACAAUGAAUUGUCUAUUUUUAAUUACUUGGUAGUCGAUCUAUUAACCUUAGAAAGAUUAAGGAGAUUGAUCGACCCCACUAAUUAAUAAAGAAAAUUACCAAAAAAUUAUUUAUCGAGCGGUCACGUGCAAAGCUUUGUCUCUCUAGGCUUAAACUGGCUACACUAAAGAAGAAUCGAAAAUGUUUGAUUUCCAACGUUAUCGCGAACUCCCGCAGUACCGUACUCAACCAUUCCGUGUGUUGGCAAGCAUGGUUCAUUGCUCCGUGUUGAUUCAACGGGGGGUUGUUUUAGAGAGCAAAUUAAUUAACUCUCGUGCUUUCAUUCACCUGCAUUUCGCUCAGUUUUCCUUCGUACGAACACGAAUUUCGAUUGAAGCUUCGCUUUUAUUCGUGACACCGUUUCGCCUCGGUUCUCGAUGGAAAAUCGGCUUUCAGUUUUUGAUCUCCAAUCGAUCUCGACGAGCAGCUCACUACUUUUUUUUAACAAUUAACUUCUUCCAACCCUAUGCUAAUGUUGGAAGAGUUAAUUAUUAUCGUUGCUUCAAGACACGAUAGUUUGGGAAUAGUUAUUAAAUUUUCAACGAUUCUUUUGCGAUUGAAAAGUAUUUUAAAGUAUCAUGCGCCGCGUGGGUCAUUGAUGGCUCAAGAAAUGCGUUCGUAUAUUUUCUUUGUUUGUACUACAAAAUACACGUUCCCUUUAUUAAACGUUCCUUGCACAAAUAUUCACGUUUGCAACGCUGUUCCACCUAUUUCCCGUCGAGCUUGUAUAAAAUUCAGUGAAACAGAUCAGUGCGCUGUUCGUCGCGACGCUCGUGAUUCCCUUUGGUCGUCGAACGGAGACGUUGGUUCGCAACUUGGAUCGGCAGCUACCGAUCGUGUUGCAAAAAUCAAAUUUCCGCGAACCGCAGAAAUUUCAUCGUCGUGAGCCGACGACUAGCGAAGGUUGUUACAAUUUUAGUGCGUUUACGCAAGAAUCGCGAUCUGUGAUAUUCUUAAGCAGUACUUAAGCAACUCGAGGAUCCCUUCCUUCUGUUCAUUCUCGAUGGUUAAUUAAAAAAUGAAAAUUAUAAAUUCUGAUUUGAUUGAUUAAAUAUAUUCGAUGGAUCUUAUAGAUCAUCGAGGAUGACACUUGGACGAUCCUCGUCGAAUCGAAAGCAUAAAGUCACGUUAUUUAAACACCGUUGUAAAUGUAAAUGGCUGAUAACUCA